AGGGUCACCUGUUGUUGACUUUUCAGGAUACGCGAUUCUGCGAUUCCCCUUUUCCUUUUCAAAAAGACCAUUUUUACCCAGGCAUUUCCCUGAUACCGAGAAACUCUUUUCUCGCUCCUCAGGCAUCAAACUCCACAUAUUUUCCGCGUUCAUCUCUUUUUGAGUAGAGUACUGGACAUCAUUCUUUUGCCGUAAGCGGGGUUGCUCACAGCUCUAAGCUUAUCGCCAGUCGCGUCGCCGCAGCCCCAUUGUUUCCUUUCGACCUAGAGGUAACCCCGGUGAGCCAUGGCGGACGAGCAGGUCUUACCAACGCUGCCAAAAACCCCAUUCAAUGGGGCGAGCAAGCGAGCGUGGGCGAAAGCCAACGCGCCUCCACCCAGCGUCUCAACCUCGAGCGAUCCAGCCGUCUUUUCCAGCGAUGACGACCCUGCACUCGAGGCAUACGGAAGCGCCCGCCGACACAAGCGGCGGUAUGUAGGGACAUGGUAUGAGCAGCAUGCUGCUCUGUCUUCCGACUCCGCAAUGGGUGAUUACUCGUCGUCGCCCUUUGUUCGCUCAUCGCCCAUCGUCUGCCGCCCUCUUCGGCGAAAGGCUGGGGCGAGACAGCAAAAGCGCGAGUUCAGGAAGCUCGACAGUGGUAUUUUCAUGGGUGGACCGGACUCUACUGAUACAGAGGGCGACGUCCCGGCCCCAUACACACCAAAGUUCUUCGCGUCGCCGGCACAGCUGAAAAUAUCGCCUCGAUCUCAACCACAGUUGUCCGAAGCUGAGGCAGUUGCACGGGAGAGGAUCAAAAGAUGUGUGGAGAACGGCACCCAGGAGGUUGAUUUGAGUGACCUUGGCCUGAACUCUAUCUCGACGGAGACUAUUGCACCAAUUGCCGAUAUCGAGCCGAUUCCCGUGGUUGUGAAGGGCGUGUCAUUCCGCCAAGCUGAUCCAGACAUCAAGAUAUAUCUGUACAACAACCACCUUAAAGACUUUCCCUCAUCUCUGGUGAAUGUCGAACCUCUUACGUUCCUCACUCUCCGAAACAACGACUUGACGGAGAUUCCAACAUGUAUUGGAAAGCUAAAGAAUCUGAAGACGCUUAACCUUGCGCAAAACAAGCUCAGGUAUCUUCCGGCCGAGAUUCUGCGGCUCAUGGGCGAUGAGGGGAAGUUGGUGAUGCUUCAUACUGCAUCAAAUCCUUGGUGGAUGGCAGAGAAGGUUUCGUUCGAGGCCGCGACAACAAACUGCGGUCCCAACCCAUUGAUCCGGACCCCAGUGGAAUUCUUGGGCAGCGAUGGUCGGAUCUACUCGAGAUUUCGUCUGCCGUUGUUCGGAGAUUUGGCUGAGAGCACUGGCUCACUGGAAUUGGAGGUGGAGGACCCUACCGAGCUCGAGAUGCCCCAGGAUGUUAGCUACAGGGAGCAGGACGAUAACAGGCUCCUCAACCCAAAGGGUGCGAGGUCGCUAUUCGAGUAUGCGCUCAAAACGCUUACUCAGCUGCCGGAGCCUGAGCUAGAGGAAGUCAACUAUUGGUUGGAAGUUGAUGAAGGCUAUCCGGACGUUCGGGAGGCGCUCAAUCAGGCCGCGCAGGCCCACCGCAGAGGUGGCCUCACAUGCUCGGUGUGUAACCGGGGGAUGGUCGUUCCUCUGACCAGGUGGGUUGAGUUCAAGGCUCCUGCAGCGACGAAGUUGGACAGGGAGUUGCUUAUACCCUUCUUGAAAGUUGGAUGUUCGUGGAAGUGUGUGCCUGCCUGUCAGUCGAAGUCUUAGAAGAUACCUAGGUAAUAAGAUUUUAAAGAUAAUUAAUAUAGCUUUGAAGAGAGUGAAUAGGCCUUUGAAAAUAGGGAAUAGGUCUCCAAAGAUAAUGGAUAUAUGUUCAACAUCUGCUAUCGGCGGUCGAAGAUAGUUGAUAUGCUUUCAAGAUCGUUAAUAGG